UUACGGCGUACUUGGUGGCCACCCAAUCACCAUGCGAAGAUCACCGUACCGACGAAGAUCCCUUUGUCAUCCCCAAACCCCCUACAUCCCGUUAUUUCCUCUCCUAGCCCACCCCCUAAUCCAGGGUGUUAUGCGACACCGUGCCCAUUGGAUGGUUUGCAGCCAGGGGGUUCACCAGACCGGCUGUAUUUCAACGGCGCCUUCCUAACACCGGGCCACCUUAGGAAGUAACUGUGGCCUUGCCGCGGCAUAGGGCGCUGCCGUGGUGGACCGUGUUGAAUUCCCCAUUAUAAAAAUAGACCACUGCGCUCGCCUCGUCGAGCAGGUGGUCGUAAGAAAAAGAUGAAUACCAACAAAAAUUUAAGUAACAAAACUUCCACUGCAGCGGGAGCAGGCUACAGUGGUCGUAAUUCUACUGCCAAACACACGAAUAACGCUCUUCAGCGCGGAGGUGCCGUUGUCGACGAAGACUCGGACCGCGAAAGCGUCGGGAGCACUAACACAGCUGAGGAAGAGGCUCUUCUGCGUUCUCCGGCUGGGCCCAAUGGUGCUGCUUCGGAUAGCAAGAUCAGACCAAGGAUCAAGCCUGAUAAAGAGAAGCUGAAGGCCAAAGCCCGAUACAAGGCCGCGGUCAAAGUUUGUGACCGAUUUGGCAGCAAGCCCAACCUGACGAAGCAAGAGGAGGAACGGUUGGCUUGGGCCAGAGAGGAGAUCAAAAAUGGCCGGGCCUUCUACGCAACAAAGCCAAUGUUCGCGGGUUCCAAUCCGAAAUAUGCGAACAAAAUCGAAGAAGAGCUAGCCAUCAAGAGGCAGCGUUCUGCGGAUAGUGAGGCCUCAGGGCCAUCAAAAAAGCAGAAGCACAGGCACGAGACGGCUAAACCGAAAAACGGUGACGAAAGACCUACGACGUCGAAAGCAGCGGCAGCGGCCAGUGAAAUUGCCAAGAGACACCUCAUAGUGGCACUCACUGACCGUAGCGACCAGCUGGGGCGAAUGUCGCAGGAACGGUGGAAGGUAGUGGAAAUGAAGCUACUGGAAACCUUGUUUACAAAAAUGGACGCAGAGCCGGAAGCACCCAUGCCAGCAUUCGACGGAGCAGGGUGGUUCAGCGGCGUCAAAAUCAUAAAAUGCAAGGAUGACCCCACGCUCACAUGGCUAAAGGAAGCGGUAAAUACGCUUCACGGCCUGUGGGAGGGGGCAUCACUGGAAAUUGUUGAUCGCAGCUGCAUUCCCUCAAUACCGAAGGCAAAGGUUUUCAUUCCGCGAGUGGUAAAACCGGAAUAUGCGCUGCGACUACUACAACGACAAAACACGGACGUGCCGACAGACGAUUGGAAAGUGUUGAGUGUGGCAAAACCAGCAACUGAUGAUGGUGGCCAGGACUACAUCAUCCAAAUCAAAAAGCCGGCAGAGGACCUGCUUUACGCGCGAUUCGGGAGGAUGGCUUGGGGAGUUGGUAGCGUGCACCUUCGCCUCAAAAAGCGCAACCCGACAGAUGACAACCACAACACGCUCGCUGCGGGGGAGGUGGAAAAGGAUCUCGGUAUAGAAGAGAUCCUGGAAGCCUCCCUCAAUAUACAGGAAGUGGAGAAGGGUGACUUGGAGGUAGUAUCCAACCCCGAGAAGGUACUGAGGCCAGAUGCUGGAAGUCCUUCAGAUAAACCUCCACAAAAGUAA